UUCAUUCUUCUCAUCUCACAUAACCAAUCAUACCAAUAACCGGUUUAGUACUAUACCAGAUAUAUAUUUUCUACUAAAAGCAAUGUUUUCAACCAGUUUAGAGUCGGUUCAUAUCUGUUUUGAUGAUGCUACCAUAACCGGAGAUGAAAUCACAGAAAUUUUGGCAUUUCUUCAAUCAGAUACGUCGGACAAUCCGAGCGGCUCAAACGAGUUGGUAGCACCGGUCGAUGAGAGGAAGAGAAAGCGCACGAUAUCAAACCGGGAAUCAGCAAAGAGAUCAAGGUUGAGAAAGAAGAGACGUUUUGAGGACUUAACCGAAGAGGUAGACCAGCUGAAGCUUAAGAACCAGGAGCUUGUCAACCAGCUGGCUGAUGUGUUGAGUUGUGGUAAUGCCAUAUCACAGGAGAAUAACCGAUUGAAAACUGAAUCGGUUUGCCUUGAGAUCAGGCUUCUAGAGUUGUACCGGUUUUUAGUGGCCAUGCAAUCGCCAAUCUCAACGAGGUUAAAUUACAUUGCAAAGCUUCUGAUUUAAGUUAGAAACAAAAACAAAACUGAGAUUGAGCAUUUGUAAAGAGGUUAAAUGAUUAUAUUAAGUUUUACGUUUCGGCCAAAAGAUAUGCAUAUGUAUAUGUGAAUGUUUAUGUGUAAUCUAUAUGUGA